AUUCUCGCUAGCUGCGUCUUCCGUUCGACUUCUUGCGCUCCUAAGCUCCUGCACACUCAGACACAAGGAUCAAACACAAAGCAGGACCUAACAAACUUGGUUGAUCAUAUCAAAACACCCACGGAGUCCUACAUUUUGUUAAUUUGUCAUUUGCCUUGGCUUGUUUUUAUCAUAUAGCUAUGUUUUGGUGUCAAAAAUGCUUUUCGGGUGGUGCUAGUGGAGCACAAGAAAGAUAGACAAAGGAAAGUCCUUUAAAGUAAAUUUUAUUCGCUUUAAAAUCAACAUAGAUAUAUACAUUUUGUAAUAGGGAAAUGGAAGGAAGAAAUCUACUUGAAGUAAAUUGAUAGAUCGACUGCACUUGUGUGAUAUUACACUUCUGAGGCUACGAGAAAGGAUAGUUGCUUGAAACAUGAUUAAGGCAGUGGUGUUUUUUUAAUAACAGCAAUGAUAUUGCCCAAUAUAUUCAUGCCUCUCCCUUUCUCUUUCUAGAUUUUUAUGACAGAGAGAAUUCAUGUUAGUUCUGUGUAUGGUUAUGAUAAUCACUUUUCAUGUAGAAUGAUAUAGAUUCUAGAAUCCAUGAAUUAUGAUUAAAGUAUUUAUUUGAACUGAAAAAAGUUAUUUUUGAAGUAGUACAAAUAAUAUUAGGUAAUUUACAUAUUUCAGUGUUGGAUAAAUACAUCUCUCUCUUUUAACCCUAACCGUGUUAAAAUUUUCAGCUUGAUAAAUUUCAAAGCAACAAGCUGCCAUGAACAGAGAUAGCAGCUCUACUGACACUUCGUCAAAUUAUUUGGGACGGGCCCGGCAUCGUAAACGAUCUAGUGAGGUCUCUUCGGACUCAGAUAGAGCAAAUGAAUCAAAGCUACUUGUUAAUGACCACAAUAAAUACAAAUCAAUGCUUAUUCGUACUUAUUCAUCAGUGUGGAUGAUAGCAGGUUUCUCUUUUAUAUUAUAUAUGGGACACCUUUAUAUCUGGGCCAUGAUUGUUGUCAUCCAAAUUUUUAUGGCAAGAGAACUCUUUAAUCUCCUUAGAAGAGCCAAUGAAGAAAGACAACUACCAGGAUUUAGGCUCUUGAACUGGCACUUUUUCUUCACUGCCAUGUUGUUUACUUACGGACGCUUUCUCAGCCGGCAGCUUGUGAACACUAUGACUUCAGAUAAACUCUUGUUUAAGCUCGUGAGCGUGCUUAUCAAAUAUCAGAUGUUUAUAUGUUACUUUCUUUAUAUUGCAGGUUUUGUCUGGUUUAUUCUCACACUUAAAAACAAGAGAUACAAGUAUCAGUUCAGCCAAUAUGCAUGGACUCAUAUGAUUCUAUUGAUGGUAUUUGUGCAGUCUGCCUUCACUGUAGCAAACAUAUUCGAGGGUAUAUUUUGGUUUCUCAUGCCAGCAUCGCUUAUAAUCAUCAAUGAUAUUGCUGCAUAUUUUUUUGGAUUCUUUUUUGGGAGAACACCACUUAUCAAACUAUCUCCAAAGAAAACCUGGGAGGGUUUUAUUGGGGCAUCAGUUACCACAUUGUUUGCUGCGUUUGUGUUAUCAAAUAUAUUGGGCAGGUUUCAGUGGCUUACUUGUCCUAAAAAGGACUUGUCGACUGGAUGGCUGCACUGUGAUCCUGACCCUUUGUUUAAGACAGAAUAUUUCUUAGUAUCUAGUUGGAUGCAACGAUGGUUUCCUUUGAAAGAAAUACCAUAUUUGCCAGUACAGUUUCAUGCUCUAGCUCUUGGCUUAUUUGCUUCAAUAAUAGCUCCAUUUGGAGGAUUCUUUGCAAGUGGUUUCAAGCGGGCAUUUAAGCUUAAGGAUUUCGGUGACAGCAUUCCAGGACAUGGUGGCAUUACUGAUAGAAUGGAUUGCCAAAUGGUUAUGGCUGUUUUCGCAUACAUAUACCAUCAAUCAUUUGUCAUGUCGCAGAGUUUCUCAGUCGAGAUGAUUUUGGAUCAGAUAUUACGGAACCUUACCUUUGAGGAGCAGCAUUUUCUAUACGAGCAGCUUGGAAAUAUCUUACAAGACAGGCAAUUGUCGCAACCCUAGUUUUCCUUUUCCUAUCUGAGUAACAAGCACCUCCUGUAUGUACAUUAUUCUCAUUCGGCAUUGCCACCUCAUAACAUAAUCCUAGAGAACGCACAUACCCUUUCUAUACUACACCUUAAUUGGAAUGAGUGAUAUAGUACAUUCCUUUGGUGUAGCAAUCAAAUGAUAUAGCAAGUUGUUCUUAUGUUUGGCCUA